AUGGGGGAUGGUCGGAUAAAGCAUAGAGCGCCCAAUAACAGUGGCGCGCAGAGUUUUCAGUCCAUUUCAAUCGAGAAGAGACUUGCACAACUGCGACUUAUACAUUCGAAAAAAUCAUACGAGUUAUUAUUUUUUCAACAUGGCACUGAUUGGGAAGGCUUUCUCAUGGGAAAGCGCUUUCAGGCAACUUGUUUCGCUAUCGUAUGCGAAAAUCUAGUAAAUCAAUUGCGAAGAGAAUUCUUCAAGGCGAUUUUGCGACAGGAUAUCGUUUGGUAUGACAAAAACAAUUCGGGAAAUUUGACGCCAAAAUUCUUCGAUAACCUCGAGAGAGUAAAAGAAGGGACAGGAGACAAACUUGGACUGCUGAUUCAGUUUGUUGCACAGUUCUUUGGCGGAUUUAUUGUUGCGUUUACCUAUGACUGGAAGUUGACACUUAUCAUGAUGUCGCUUUCGCCAUUCACGAUCGUUUCUGGAGCUUUCAUCUCCAAGCUAAUGGCGUCAGCCGCCACGGAAGAAGCGAAAAAAUAUGCUGUUGCCGGUGGAAUCGCAGAAGAAGUGCUCACAUCAAUAAGAACGGUCAUUGCCUUCAAUGGCCAACCUUAUGAAUGCGAAAGGUUGGUUUAA